CUUUGUUGUAAUCAUUGGGGAGAGUAAACGCUGAAUAGCUAUAUGACAAUGUAGUCAUAAUAAUACAAUCAAUUCAUGUCUUGGGUCAAACGUACUAUAACUGACUGAUUUUAUGUCGAAAUAAGUUGAGACCAAAAUAACUAGGGUCGAACUUCCCUGUUCUGAACACAAACUUAACAAUCCAUUUCCGUUAGAAAACUUGACGAAGCGACGGAUAAAAUCCCUGACAGACUGCGCAGUUCAACACAACAUAACCAUCAUCUAGACGGUUUUUCUGCGGCACAAUCAGAUAUGGUAUCGUCGGCUAAAGAGACCAAUUCCACUCCUGUUUAUCGCUAGAUGUAUAUUAGUGCCCUGACUCGGUAGAAGGUGAUGGCGAGUGUAUAUGCAUCGACGUCAGAGACAACGAACGCAAACAGAGCGUGUCGAGUCGUACUCGGUCCCUGUACGGAUGGUCUACGUGACUUACUGCGUCACCACGUCCCACCUCUAACAUUCCCUCAUGUCAUCAAACAAAACCAACUCAAUCUUCCACGUCUGACGCCUGUUCAACGAGACCUCAUUUUACCACAACAUGGACAUUAUAAAGGGAACUAUACUGACAUGGACAUUUCUUUACUGUAUAUCUUACUGAGGAACAUAUCUGGAAUAUCAUCACACUCCAACGGCUGGAACAGAGAUCCCGACCCCAACGACAGGAGUCUCUCUGCCAACAUCGAGAGGAUUCGAUUGGUCCGGAAUCAUUGUGUUCACUCAUGUGAUCCAUUCAUGUCGAACACAGAUUUUAACUCCAUCUGGUCCACCAUUAGAUUGACAAUGGUGGAUCUGGAUGUCUUCCUCGUGAAUGGAAACAAAUAUGAAAAAGCGGUGGAUUUCCUACGUCAUGAGUCGAUGGACCCUGAAAAUGACCUACAUUACGAAGAAGAACCGAGGAAGCAGGUGGAGGAAGAUACCAAGACAAGGGAAAUGGUGGACAACCUUGAGAAUAAACUGGAGAAACUAACAAAGUCAUCCAUUCCCCAAAAUGUGCGAGAGCAAUAUGAUAUUGACAUUCAGAAAUGGAUAGAGGAAGACAAGCUUUACAAUGAAACCCACAGCUUUCCGUCAAUGAUGGAGAAAGUGAGGAACCAACCUUGUGUGACGUUUGUUGGUGUGCCUGGGUCCGGGAAGUCUGCCACGGCUCAGCACAUCGCCCUCAAGCUCCAGGCGGAAGGUUACGAGAUUCUUCCAACAAAAGAUGUUAGGAAGAUCGAGGACUAUGGUGACCCGAGGAAUCCGCAGGUUUUUGUUAUUGAUGAUGUGGUGGGUGUCUUUGGCCUCCGGAAAACUGAUUUAAAUGUAUUGGAUAAAUAUGAACAGAAAAUAACACAGCCUUCCAUGGUUAAGUCUAGAACUUUGAUGACAUGUAGAGAGACUGUGUUCAAUGAGACCCUACCUUACAAACCAUUCCUUACAAAAGAAGAAACUGUGAUUAAGUUACACAGUUCUGAUCAUGCAUUAGAUGACAAUGACAAAAAACAGAUUCUCCAGAAGUAUGGUUUGAAUGUUAAUCUAAUGUCGCCUGCAUUGCUGACAUCAACAUCUCGCAUGUUUCCUCUUCUCAGUAAAUUGUUUUCAAAGGAACCAAAAUUGCAAGCUCUUGGUUCAAAGUUUUUCAUGAAUCCAUUUCAAUGUAUCAUUGAUGAACUUGAUGGUAUGCAAAUACGUAACAAACUGAAUUAUGCAACACUUGUUUUGUGUAUGCUAAAUGAAAACAGGCUCUCAGAAGACAUUUUAGAGGAUAAAAAUAAUGAACAUUUCAUGAACAUGAAAAAAAAACUUUUGAAAAAUUGCAGAUUAGAACACAACACUGAUACUUUCAAGUUUAUGGAUGCUUUGUUAGCAAUGGAGGGGACAUACACAAAACAAUGUGGUGCACGGUACACAUUUAUACAUGACUCCACGUUUGAAAUUUGUGCUUAUCAGUAUGGCAAACAGUUUUCUGACCAAAUGUUGCAGUAUAUGAGUAGUAGUUAUAUUGCUAAUAAUGUCAAAAUACAGACAAGUGAACCAGGAAUUGUUAACAAAGUGAAAGAGAAACAGAGUGAUUCUCAACCUAUUGAAAAACGUGAGAGUAGUGAUGGAAAAGACCAGGAGAGUGAUGAUAAAAACAGUGAGAGAGAGGAAUCGUUUGAUCUGUGUAUAAGGAUACGUGAGGAUCGGUACCCACUGCUAGCAGAGAGAUUGUACAGAGAUAUACAGAACAUGGAACUGUAUGAUGUUUUCAGGAAUCAGGUUUUAAAACAUUCCCAAUUGUGUCAGGCUUUUAUUGGUGUGUUAGAGAAAAAGUCAUACGCAGAAUUAAAAGCCUUAUUUCUGUCCAGUCAGGGAGAAGUAGAUAAGAUAGCGAGUAAACGAGAGUUUGUGGAGGAGGAGGGUGAAUGGAGUGAGUGGCGGAGACAGGAGGUGCUGAUAGGAAGGAAUUAUCAAGAUGAUGUGGGAGAAACAAAUAGAGAAUACAAUGUGAGAGUGAUCAGCUGGGUGAUUUACUAUGGACAUUAUCAGAUAUUAGAGUACAUAGUACAACAGACUGAACAACACAAUGAAAUAUAUGAAUUGUUUGGGAUAACAGAAAUUUCUCCUCAGGAAUCUGAAUCUGAGAUAUCUUCUAGUAAUAAACAGGAAAGUGAAAACAAUAGGCCUGUAGGACAGUCUAAAUCUGGGAUAUUUCAAAAGAUUAAGAAUAAAGUUUUUAAUAGAUUUAGAAGAGAAAUAAUGUUUGAGAGAUCUGGAAUAGAUACAUGUGAUAAUCAGGAGAACAAUAGGCCUGUAGAACAAUCUACAUCUGGGAUAUAUACAUGUAAUAAGCAGGAAAGUGAAAUCAACAUACUUAUAGAAGAGCGUAGAUUGCUUGUAUUGAGUUGUUAUAGUGGUGAUGUACAAACAGUCAGAGUUCUGCUUCCUGUCUGUAGGAAAGCAAUCAAUGGGAUAGGUCAGGUCAGUGAAGAUAUUGAUCGGUGCCAUGAUACUCCUCUUACUACUGCAUGUGAGGAAGGACAUGUGAGUAUAGUGGAUGAGCUGGUGAAGGCGGGGGCUGAUGUCAAUCUACGGGAUAUAUGGGAGAAUACACCACUGAUUGCUGCAUGUAAGAGAGGACAUGUGAGUAUAGUGGAUGAGCUGGUGAAGGCGGGGGCUGAUGUCAAUCUACAGGGAAAAGGGGGGAAUACUCCAUUGACAGCUGCAUGUGAGAGAGGACAUGUGAGUAUAGUGGAUGAGCUGGUGAAGGCGGGGACUGAUGUCAAUCUACAGGGAAAAGGGGGGAAUACUCCACUGACAGCUGCAUGUGAGAGAGGACAUGUGAGUAUAGUGAAGGAGCUGGUGAAGGCGGGGGCUGAUGUCAAAAUACAGGAUCAUUUCGGGAAUACACCACUGACAGCUGCAUGUGAGAGAGGACAUGUGAGUAUAGUGAAGGAGCUGGUGAAGGCGGGGGCUGAUGUCAUUACACAGGGAAAAGGGGGGAAUACUUCACUGACAGCUGCAUGUGAGAGAGGACAUGUGAGUAUAGUGAAGGAGCUGGUGAAGGCGGGGGCUGAUGUCAAAAUACAGGAUCAUUUCGGGAAUACACCACUGACAGCUGCAUGUGGGAGAGGACAUGUGAGUAUAGUGAAGGAGCUGGUGAAGGCGGGGGCUGAUGUCAAUCUACGGGAUAUAUGGGAGAAUACACCACUGAUUGCUGCAUGUAAGAGAGGACAUGUGAGUAUAGUGGAUGAGCUGGUAAAGGCGGGGGCUGAUGUCAAUCUACAGGGAAAAGGGGGGAAUACUCCACUGACAGCUGCAUGUGAGAGAGGACAUGUGAGUAUAGUGGAUGAGCUGGUGAAGGCGGGGGCUGGUGUCAAUCUACGGGGGAAAGGGGGGAAUACUCCACUGACAGCUGCAUGUGAGAGAGGACAUGUGAGUAUAGUGAAGGAGCUGGUGAAGGCGGGGGCUGAUGUCAAAAUACAGGAUCAUUUCGGGAAUACACCACUGACAGCUGCAUGGGGGAGAGGACAUGUGAGUAUAGUGAAGGAGCUGGUGAAGGCAAUGUGUCAAUCUUAUGUCAAUCUACAGAAUAUUACGGGGGCUGAUGUCAGUCUACAGGAUUAUUAUGGGAAUACACCACUGAUAGCUGCAUGUAAGGAAGGACAUGCGAGUAUAGCGGAGGAGCUGGUGAAGGCGGGGACUGAUGUCAAUCUACAGGAUGAUAUGGGGAAUACACCACUGACAGCUGUAUGUGAGGAAGGACAUGUGAGUAUAGUGAAGGAGCUGGUGAAGGCGGGGGCUGAUGUCAAUCUACAGGAUAGACUUGGGAAUACACUACUGAUAGCUGCAGUAAGAAAGUGUCCGUUAUCAACAGUGAAAUAUCUAGUAGAACAUGGAGCUGACUGGGUUACUCAGGUUGUUAAUAUCUAUGUGUCAGCAGUAUAUAAAGAAUUAAUGCUGAACAAACCAGAUAUAAUGAAAUAUCUCAUACAGGAACAAAAUAAAAUCACUCCUGGUCAAUGUAAUGGAAAUGUACACCUAUUUAACUGUCUGGUGGACAUCAGACAUGCUGGAGUUAAAACAGACAGUAGGGAUGAUGUGGUGGUGACAGACAGAUCAGUGUGGUGUAUGUAUAGACAGGGAGAUUUGUGGAGGACAAUCAGUAGAGGAGACUGUGAUGUACUGAGACAUCUGUUGAGGGUGUGUCUGGAUGUCAACCAGUCGAUACAGUUAUAUGAUAUGUUCAAUGAUUACAAGCCUGGUGUGACACCUCUAUUGUAUACACUGAUUGAUGAGAAUGGUAUUAAUGUUAGUCAAAUAAUGGAGAAGGUGAGGAUCCUACUGGGGGCUGGGGUGGACGUCAAUAUCAGGGUGAGGUAUAGAGAUUAUGACACUGUGUUAGACAGGGAGGGUGUGUCUGUUCUAGAGUGGAUGAGGCGACUGGUGUGUAAGUACAGUAAUAGUAGAAGUAUGUUUAAGUACAGUGAAGAUUGGCUAAACAGUGACAGAGCGCCAGAGUACAAGAGAGUGAUGUGUGAGAUAAAGAAACAUGUCAGAAGACACUCUGUAUAGUCCCUGAUAGAAUUGUAGAGAGAUGUUGUUACUGAGUACAAGAGAGAGAUGUGUGAGAUAAAGAAACAUGCCAGAAGACACUCUGUGUAGUCCCUGAUAGAAUUGUAGAAAGAUGUUGUUACUGAGUACAGGAGAGUGAUGUGUGAGAUAAAGAAACAUGUCAGAAGACACUCUGUAUAGUCCCUGAUAGAAUUGUAGAGAGAUGAUGUUACUGAGUACAAGAUAUAAAGAAACAUGUCAGAAGACACUCUGUAUAGCCCCUGAUAUAAUUAUAGAGAGAUGUUGUUACUGAGUACAAGAGAUAAAGAAACAUGUCAGAAGACACUCUGUAUAGUCCCUGAUAGAAUUGUAGAGAGAUGUUGUUACUGAGUACAAGAGAAAGAUGUGUGAGAUAAAGAAACUUGUCAGAAGACACUCUGUAUAGUUCCUGAUAGAAUUAUAGAGAGAUGUUGUUACUGAGUACAAGAGAUAAAGAAACAUGUCAGAAGACAUUCUGUAUAGUCCCUGAUAGAAUUGUAGAGAGAUGUUGUUACUGAGUACAAGAGAGUGAUGUGUGAGAUAAAGAAACAUGUCAGAAGACACUCUGUAUAGUCCCUGAUAGAAUUGUAGAGAGAUGUUGUUACUGAGUACAAGAGAAAGAUGUGUGAGAUAAAGAAACAUGUCAGAAGACACUCUGUAUAGUUCCUGAUAGAAUUAUAGAGAGAUGUUGUUACUGAGUACAAGAGAUAAAGAAACAUGUCAGAAGACACUCUGUAUAGUCCCUGAUAGAAUUGUAGAGAGAUGUUGUUACUGAGUACAAGAGAGUGAUGUGUGAGAUAAAGAAACAUGUCAGAAGACACUCUGUAUAGUCCCUGAUAGAAUUGUAGAAAGAUGUUGUUACUGAGUACAAGAGAUAAAGAGACAUGUCAGAAGACACUCUGUAUAGUCCCUGAUAGAAUUGUAGAGAUAUGUUGUUACUGAGUACAAGAGAGAGAUGUGUGAGAUAAAGAAACAUGUCAGAAGACACUCUGUAUAGUCCCUGAUAGAAUUGUAGAGAGAUGUUGUUACUGAGUACAAGAGAUAAAGAAACAUGUCAGAAGACACUCUCUUUUGUCCCUGAUAGAAAUUAAGGGAAACGUGUUACUUUUGUCAGUAGAUGUGGUGAGUCUAAAACCCAGUAGGUUACCAGUAUCUUUGUACAUAAUAUAAUUUACUAGAUUGUACGCCCGCGCAUCUCUCUCCUUAAGUUUCCAUUUGUUUGUGUACAGUAAUAUAGUGUUUCACAUGCAUAUAUCCUGUAAAUAUUGGAACCGUUCUGAAAAUACCGGUAUGCUGAAUAAAAUCUGUGAUUAAUAUUAAAUGUUCACUGCGACAGUU